AUGGACUUUUCUUCAAUCACCGGCAAGAAGGGUGCCUCGUCUUCUGAGCAGAAAGAUGCACUGAAACAGCGCGUGUCUACUGAGAUUGCCAUGGCCAACGCGCAACAACUGAUCAGCAAGGCUACGGACAAGUGCUAUUGCAAAUGUGUGACAUGGCCAGGCCAGUCGCUCAGUGGCAAGGAACAAACGUGUGUCGAGCGAUGCCUCGAGCGCUACUUUGAGGCAUUUAACAUCGUGAGUGCCACGUACGUCCGCCGCGUGGCAGCGGAGCGUGCCUCUGGCGCCCUCACGACCGAUGCCUAA